AUGGCUGCACCUGGACUGUCCUGUCAGGCAUUUUUAAAAAUGCUCGAUCAGCGAACUGUCCGCUUUGGGCGUACAGGGAAAAUCUCAGGCGAUAGCUUCUUGAAAAGCUUCUUCGAGUGGGAGGCUGUGAGAUAUGAGGUGGACAGCCUCUGCAAGGAGGAGCCCUUCACCUGUCGAGCAUGCAGCCCGGAUAUGCUUGCGGUUUCUGUGGAUGGAAACCGCAAGCAUUACCGCUUCAAAAACGCAGCAAGAUCUGAGGAGCAGGCCAUUUUCAAUGACGUCUUCAUAGCAAAGGAUGAAGACGUCACACGAUUUGUCAACCAUGUUCACAGCACAACAAAACAUGUCUCCGGAAGAGGUGUUUGUGGCGAGGAAUGGUCGGCGGCUCGAGAGACGUCCCAAAAAUCAGCCAGCAAACUGGACGAGGAGGGACUGGAGCUGGCUGUUUGUCGUCAUGGAGUCCUCCUCUGUGCCCUCAACAUCAACAACAAGCAGCACAACAGACACUGCUGCUUCCUUGGCCAGGAAGAUAGAGACGCUGGUUAUUCACAGUGGGCUUUGACUGUGGAAGGAAUGAAAGGUCUGCAGAGCAUCGCCAAACAGAAGCUGCAUCGUGUCCGGGAAAUGAUGGCUUUGGCGAGACAAUGCUACCUCAAAGUUUUGAAUGGAGCGGAGAACGUCCUUCAAAUCUUUUCAGAUGUGUAUUCUGACAGUGACUCUGGCUCUGACCUUGAGGAUCUGGAGUGA